UAUAAUGUACCAAAAGCAAAUGAAGUAGCAGCAGUUUAUGUUCCAGGAGCUGAUGGCGAAGUGCCUGAUGCUAAGAUUGUUGUUAGAGAGCGAGGAAAAGAGUUGAGAAUUUUGAAUAGUACAAAUGAAAUGGUCAGCCCGAUGACGUACCCGUUGUUUUUUCCACGUGGUACAUUGGGUUGGCAUCCAGAUAUUAGACAAGAUAAUAGUAUUAGAAGAGUAACAAGACUGCAGUAUGUAAGUUAUAGUAUUGGUAUUAGGAAAGAGUUUAACCCCAUUUUAUAUGGAGGAAAACUAUUUCAACAGUUGUGUUGA